ACGUCAACGUUGUACCGCGGAUGCGCUUCCGGUUGAAAAGGUCACACAAUAUGGCGCCGUCUAAGAAGAAACAUGCUACCAAGGAAGCGUGUGUUAUUCCUGGAGGAUUUACGGUUCUAUCCUUACAGUUCAGCUCCGACAGCGCUGCACGACACUUUCUGUAUGUGAAGGAGCACAAAGUCCGAGCAGAGAAGAGCUCCGUCAGACCGCUGGAUCGGACUUUAUUUGUGCUCAACAUCCCUCCAUACUGCUCAGAGAGUGUUGUCAAAGGUUUAUUCUCCCAGUUUGGCAGCGUUGCUUCAGUAGAGCUGAGCGAUCAUCCGGGUUCCCCUCAGGACUCUGGACCCAAGCUGUCCAAGGUCUUCAGACCAGCUGACAAACAGGGUUUCAAGGUUGGCUACAUUGUGUUUGAAAGCCCCUCCAGUAUAGCGGCAGCUAAAUCCCAUCCACAUAAUGAUCCUUUGGUGGUGAGCACUGAGCAGCGGCCAGUGAAAACAGGAGUACAGAAAUGGAUCCAGCAGUACUCAAAGUCCUUCAUUCGGCCCGACAAACUGCAGCUGACAGUCGACUCUUUCAUGCAGGACUACGACAAGCGGAAAGAAGAGGAGGCAGAGCGACAGAGGCAGGAGGUUGAGAAACAGCAGGAGGACGAGGAGGGCUGGGUGAAAGUCACGAGAGGGCACAAGGGCGCCAAGGCCCGCCCUCACAGCGAGGCCGCCAACAAGAGGACUCUGCAGAGGGAGAAGAGGAAGAAGAGCAGGAAAGAGCUGAUGAACUUCUACACGUGGCAGCACCGGAACACGCAGAAAGAACAUAUUGCGGAACUGAGAAAGAAGUUUGAGGAGGACAAACAGCGAAUAGCUCUGAUGCGAGCGCAGAGGAAGUUCAAACCUUACUGAAUCGACUGCUCCUCUUCGGCUAAUUAAGCUGCUUUUCUGUUUUAAUUGCUUCAUAUAUUUGGGAUUUCAUUUGUUAAUAAACUUCUGUUUUUUUCA